GGGCUCAUCACUUACUUCCCCUACUUUGAGUGCAUUCGGAUUCCGGCUUCCUACAGCUUGGCUCCCGUUGUGACCUACAAGGGCAGCGGCCAGUACUGCUUCACCAUCUUGGCCGCCAGCUGCACUCGCAACCAGUGCUGCAAUAGGGAUCUGAAAAAGAUUGAGUUCAACGUGUACGACAGCUGCGUCGUAAGCGGCGCUUCCGUGUCGGCGACCGUCAACGGCGUCCCUACAAAGGUCGGGCCCAGCUUUGACAAGCCGUACAACGGACCCGUUGGCAGUGCCCUACUGCGCGUAACGCAGCUUGGACUAAACAUGACGAGCAACGGCACCGAGAUAUGCUUGACCCUCAAGCCCAACCGUGCCGGCCAAGGCUGUACGACAUUGGAGCAGCUAUGUGUUCCGCCCAACGGCAUGGCGCCUGGCUCGUGCCUGACCGCGAUGUUCGACACGACCCUUGACUGCUGUACGACAUCCCGUACUGGGACGAAUGUCGCAUCGCCGGGUACUCCCCCCCCCUCUCCAUCACCUCCGAUUUCCUCUUGCGACAUGUGUAUUGACCUGACGAUUGAUCCAGCCCGAGUGUUUCCGCCGUACCAGUUUGACAGUUUCACAUGUGAAGUAGUGCAGACCUCUAUUUCGUACGAUAUUAACGAAAAGGCCGCCUCGAUGGGCCUUAUGCUGGCGCAAAACUUCUCGGUCGACGCCAGCAAGUGCAGCUCUGAUAAGAUCAUUGUUUGCGGGAAGUUUGCUUCGGAGUCUGAUGCUGCGCAGCUGGAGGAGUGGACUCGAAUUCAGGCGGAGCAGUUUUGGCUGUACUCGUUUGCAAGCGCCUGCACUCCCGUCAUGUAUGGCUACUCGUUCCGGAUUACGACCGACAAGUGCAUGGAUGUUGUAAAGUCGCGGACUUGCUCUUUGGUACAGAGCGAUUUUCCUUUUUGCGGGUGCCAACGGAAACGCUACUCGACACCCUUCUACGUGAGCCCUUCGGCGUCGUCUGAGCAAGGCCGUACAAGUGAUACGACACUGUACUGCUUCACCUUGGGCGUCCUUCCAAAUGAAUUUGCUCUGCUGCCGGGCCGCUGCAACUCGAGCAGUAAGGUGGCCAAGGUCGAGAUUUGGGCUAACGAGGACCGCCGCGGCAAGCUGCGGGGAUUUCGCCUCUCGACUCCCGACGGCAAGACCAGGUGGCUGUCCCCAUCCUGGGGCGACAAGGGCAGCAACACGGCCAAAGUUUCUGGCCUGACUUGGAACCGGGCAACUGCUAACGGUGCAGAGAUUUGUAUGGAGCUGAAGAACGAUAUCACUUUGCAAGAGUUUUGCGUGUCUAAUGUCUGGUAA